ACAGGAACCGGUCUUUGAUGAACCUUCCUUAUUUGGUGGGUUCAAUUGUGGUAUCAGUGCUGCUGUCUCUCGGCUGGACUGUGUCUCCCUUCGUAAUGGGACACCCCAAGUACCAGAUGGAGUUCAAUGGCUACUUCUGGUCCAUGGACUUCGCGGACAAACACCGACUCGGACGAGCCUAUAUCAUCCUGCUGCUGAUUUUCGAAUACUUGGUUCCGCUGCUCGCCAUAGUCGGCAUCUACGUGGCCAUCCUCCACCGCAUGAUCAGACAGAGCCGCCAGACUGCCUCGCUUCUCAAGACUCGCAAGAUCACUAUUGUCUGUGCUCUGUCCACUGGAGCUUUCAUAGCAGGCUGGACUCCCUAUGCUCUCCUCACUAUCAUCUCAUUCUUCGGCUACACCCCAGGACUGAACUUCGUGUUCGUUGCCAAUGCUGCUGCUAAGCUGUCUUGUGUCUACAAUUCCUCCAUGUUCUGGGCAUCAACGUACAUGGGACGAGCAAGAGAUAGUGGGGGCAAUAAGAAUAACAUGAAAACAUGCAAGGAUGAUUCUUCGGAUUGCAGCCGAAGAUCAAGCAGAGGCAGGAGCCUUCGGCAAUUCAGCAGCACUCCCCCAUCCGCCAUCUUCAAAGGCAACAGAACUGGAGAAACAGUCACCGACCACACCCAGAAACCCGACUAUAGUCAGGCUCCACCUGCCGGACACCGAGAUGUGAACCUAUUUCCUCCAAAAAAGUCACCGACACGACUUGAAGUGCGCAAAAGUAUACACCGAAGUGAACAUGUCGAUGAAAGUGUGACAUCGAAGAAGUUGAAUGAUGUUCAACUUAAAUUAGCAGAGCCGGAAAAAAUGGAAGUUGAACCGCAAUCCACGAAGAGACUUUCGGUUUUACCAGACGAUACACGCAGUUCCUGUUGCAGCUCCGUUUGAACUUCGCAUGAAAAGAAUUUUCUUGUGUUCUCUCCCAAUACAUCUUUUAACAUGCUCAAGUUUCAACUCAUAAUUAGGGGCCUGAACUAAUAAAUAACUUGCCUA